GUUGCAAGCUACGCUCCUUCGGUAGGAGGCUACUUCUGUACGAGAUGUUGAUUCGGAAGCCAUUGUACGGGAACUUGCGUCCCAAUCCUGGCGAUCUUUACGACCCCAGAGAUGGAUCUUGUCUGCCUAACUUCCAUCUGUCGACGACCCACAACCCAAACCUGGCCCUCAUCACCCAGGACCUGGUUAGGUACGACAUCCAACUGGUGCGGGAAGUGGGUAACUUGAUGCCGCCCUUGAACCACCCUACUGGUGGGGGCGUUGAAACUGACGCCGUCCGUCACCCGAGCUUGACGUUGCUUGCAGUUGCCGAGUAUUCAGAAGGACUUUCAACCACCGGGAAAAAUAAUUUUCCAUUCGUUGUGCACAAAGUUUACUACAGGGAAGCCAUAGCCGGGGUGCUCCUGUUGCGACACGCUGUGGCUGACCGAGACGUUCUUCUCAUGCAGAAUGUUUUCAGGAAAUGUAUUCCGGAUCCAGAAAACUUCAGUAGUCAGCUAUUCGAGCAGUCAGUGAGGUCAAUAAAGAAAGUGUCUAUAAUACAGCAUGGUCAAGAAUAUCACUACACUAACAUCAAGAUGGCGUUCACGGAAAUGUGCAAGAUAGUGAACUUUGUUUGCUCUCCCACAAACCUAAAUGCCCGCUCUGUUCUCGUCGAAAUUCCGGCCGUCGUGAAUUUUCAGCUCUUGGAUGAGAACAAAUACCUUGCCUACCUAUACGAGCAGCAACGACUCAAAAAACAAAAAGAAGAAGAGCAGAGGCAACGUGAGAAGCGAGAAUUGCUGAUGAUUGCCAAACGUUAUGGGAAAAGCUACUUGGAUCGAAUGCAUAACAACCAGCAGGUGUCCACCCAAAACAACUACAACAUGCGACCGAAUUCGGAACCUUCAAGUCAUGAGAUAUUCGGCUACAACGCGUCGCGGGAGGCUUUGCGAGUAGAAUUUGGUCAUCCUUCUAGCGAUGAUAGACGAUAUUUUCUUCAAUAUCCAAUUGAUACGAAAAUACAAACUAAAAACGGGAAGAAAACGGUGACUUACUGCAGGACAGGACAACAAAUAAUCUGGGGUGGUGGCAACAGUGCAGUUGGAGCUGGCGGCUACGGAAUACUUCUAGAAGAUUAUAAGCAAGAUGCGCGCAAGAAGAAGGCAAGUAGCAGCACGCCAAAUCUGACCGAUGAGGCCUUAUUCAGCGAGACGCAUUCGCAGCAGCAUACAAAACAGUACCCCCUGGAAUCGUACUUGCGAAGAUCUCAUUCCGUUGAAAACCUGAACGACAGAGAUAAAAUUACCAGGUAUCCGGCUCCACUCAUUGAGCCUGGCAGGCAGAGCUUCAGAGAACGAAAGACGACGAAGGUUAACGCCGAUAAAUGGAAAAAACUGGCUCCUCUUUAUCGGCCAGAAGAUAAUAAUUUUGAUUCGUCUCACAACGGCAACCAGAAAUCGAAAGAUGCUGUGAAAUCCGACCAUCAUGUCAAUCCUCGACGGGGCACAACUAUUCAACAUCAAACUCCUACAGGUUUGACCAAAAGUGCCAGUCUUCAGCCACCAGGAAAAAACCCAACUCCACCGUCCACAACCCACAUGGCUCGUGAUGAUGACAAUAUUUCAGUUGUUUCCGCUUUCUCUGACAUUUCCAUCAACCCGCAACAACAACGUGAAGCUGACGAAGCAUUCAAUGCUUAUUUUGAUGCUCAAGAGCUAAACAAGCCAUUGGCUCAGUCAACUUCAUUACGACCAAACCGAUCAUCCAAUACGAGUUCAAAUAACAAAGUUAAGCCAAUUGUGCAAAAUCAGAAUGGUUCUAUUAAUCGAAAACCCGUGCAAAAUUACAGUCCACAUGAUUAUCUUUCGAAAAAUGGGAAUGACCAAAAUCAACGACAACAGUUGCGUGAUGCUGAAAAUGUGACGACCCAGGAAAAAUCGCGUGUAUCUCACGCGAACUCAUAUCCAAACCAAGUGAAUACGCGUCCCGCGGCUCAGCAGUACCCAAGACCCUACACGAAACCUGUUAACUUGCACCCAAUGCACUUGCAGGCUGCCGAGCAGUUCCUGAAUAAAUACUCGUCAUAUUUCCCAGACUCUUACGCUUCCAGUCUCACCGACACUCCCCCGACCAGCUUGGGGAGUUUACCGAAGGACAGCGACUUGUCUCUCACUUUAGACCCUUCUCCGUCCUCGACCCCAACGCCAAGCGGCUCUGACACUCUUGAUAGGGACUUCGUUUAUAAAGCAUAUCCUGUCAAAGUAAGAGAUGUCCAAAAUUAAUUCAAUUCUAAUGCCUCCCCAUUGCUCAUAAGAGCACAAAAUCCUGAAAUAUGCUCUCCGGUUGAAUUAUUCUAUGUUUGCUGCGUCGUCGCCUAGCGAAUGUGCAUUUGUUCUGUACAUGAUUAAAUAUUUUUGGGUUCUAAUUUUAACGAUUAGUAAAAUCAUGCAAGAAUUCUCGCCUUGCCUGUUGUUUAAAUGAAGCUAUAGUUGUUCGCUACUUACUAAGGGAAUGAUUAGAAUUUAUUGUUCACUUAAAUUCGCUUUAUACGAUGUUCUAAUGUGUAAUAAGAUUUGAUUUGAUAAUUGUUGACAGGUCUUGACUGUGAACUCUUGAUUUUGAAUAUGAAACUUUCGCAUGCCGAUUGCGUGAUUAAUAAGUAUCAGCAUAUUUGUAUAUUGAUUCCUGAUGUUGGAAUGAUAAUUUUACGACUAGAAAUAAGACGAACAUAGUAAAUGGUUUUCAAUGGAAGGUCAAUCUUCUGAAUUUAUAAAUUUCCAUUGUUUAAAGACAAAUAGAAGACUGCAAAUCGUUCAAUGUAAACAACUGAGCAUAUUUGUACAGUUCAUUAUUGGGAAAAAGUGCAGAAAAUAAGUUAUGUGUAAAAUCUUCGUGCACUGGCUCCUAAAUUUUGGUAGAAAUCACGAUCAGAAGAUUAACAAUUGUCAUGUUCAAAUCUGCUCAGUUCAACACAAGCAGGCUAACAUGCAACCUGCAAGUAGCGCUUUUUACUUUUUGCUGUCUUUGCUCGCCUGUUUUUUUUCUGUCUCGGUUUUCCUUGUUUAUUUUUGCUGUCUCUGCUCGCUUGGUUUCUUUUGGCUGUCGCUGCUCGCCUGGUUCCUUUGGCAGUCUCUGCUCGCCUGGUUCCUUUGGCAGUCUCUGCUCGCCUGGUUUCUUUUGGCUGUCGCUGCUCGCCUGGUUCCUUUGGCAGUCUCUGCUCGCCUGGUUUCUGUUGGCUCUCUCUGCUCGCCUGAUUUCUUUUUACUGUCUCUGUUCGCUUAAUUCAUUUUACUGGUCGCCUACUCUCUUUUGUAUAUCUCUGUUAACCAGGUUUCUUUCAGUUGUCUCCAGAUUCCAGCUUUAGAAGGACCACUAAUGUACAGGUUGUCUGCGAGAUGCAGGAAUGGUGGCGGCGGUUGACCUGGGUCGGUGGUUCCAUGGCUGCAGCCAAUGAUCCCUGUUACAGUGCGACCGUUUAAUAGAAAAUUGUUUGUCAUUUGUGAAAAUGAAGAAUAAAU